AUGAGUGAGAGCGACUUUUCCCCUCACACUAUCUCCAUAUUGGAAGAAUACUACGAGUCCUGGACGUCCCUCACUGAGCAGUCGCCGAGCCUCGAUAUCUCAUCUCACGCACUUGCAUCUGCGAUCAAAUACAACUUCCCCGCUGCAAACGCAUCAUACGCACGAUGGGAACCGCUCGAAGUAAACGGCGGGCUCGAGAUCUUCAACCCAGCUUUUGUCAAUGCAGAAUAUAUCGUCGCAACAAAGACCUUCAUCUCAAGCGUUGAACACCUCCCAGAAGCAAUUCUCACUCACUUCGCCCCCACGAUCUUGGACGUUUACCACCCUCGCUCGCUCCUCGUGACGACCCCUUCGUACGGCUUCAACGCGCAUUUUAACCCUCCUGGCUUGACAAACACCGCCACUGGCUUCCCCGAUAAACACACAGACAUGGCGUUUAGGCGCCUCGACCACAUAUUCGAAUGGACAGUCGAGGAGUUCCAGGAGUGGUGCAGGCAUCGCGCAGGAAUGAGGAUACGACGUGAGAAAGAUAAGUGGGGGCGGGAUGAAGAGCUAGGAGGUGCGAGCCAGGUUGCUGUGUUUAAGCAUCUUGAAGGCGAAGCUUGGGCUACGAGGCACGAAGAGAAGAGCACCCAGAUCGAAGAAAGGUCAAAAUGCCAAAAGGAGCAUCGUCUAUUGAAUACACACCACUACCACGCCCAUGUUCACGCAAGAAAACGAGGGUCAGUCGAGGAGAUCGCCAAGGACUUAUCGAACAAAGGAAAUUUGGUUAUAGAGGAGAUCGGAGCGAUGUGUGGCGGGUGGUUCGAAGGUCUCAUCGAGGCUAUCGAGGCAAUUAGAGGCGGGCUUGCAAGGAAGAAGAGGAUAUUUGAAUGGGCUCAAGAAGAACCAGCGGAUGAUUUGUUUGAGGAGGUCCUGCAAUCGGAAGGAUAUCGUUCUGAUGAUGACCCGGGAUUCGACUUGGGAAGUGGUCUGUAUUCUUCAGACUCUGGCGUUGAUCUUUUAUGGGACAUGAGCAAAGACGGGAAUGCACAGGGGAAGGAGUCUGUUUGGACGGGCGAGUCUUGUGAAGACGACGUAGUUGACUGGAGCAGGUGGAGCUCUUUGGCUGCAGCUUGGGACCUUGAUAGAUCAGAAUGA